AUGAAAAGUUCAAAUAGUGAUACUCACAACUGCUAUAAUAGCAUUAAAAAUUGCAGACUUAAUAGGCUGAAACUAAACGAUAUUUGGAUAAACUAAGAUCUGUGUUGGGCAAUUUUGGGAAAUGAUCCAUAAAAUAUACCAGAGACAUAUAAAUUCAAUUUUUUUUUUUCAUUAAGGCUUAAGUCCUUUUUAGAAUGGGAUGAAUAGUUGCUUUGA